AUGCCUAAGGCUGCAACUAUGCACACUUCAUCUUUGGGCUUUCUUAAAAGACAACAUUCGAACGGACCUCCGUACACCGGGGGCGGGCCUAGGGCAAAAGGAGGCACCAUCUGUAUACAGAUCUUCAAUACUACCCUACGCAUAACCCCUAACGGCUGCUCGAGCGCUAGAGGGCAAAGGCCGACCGCCUAA